AGCAUUGCUGCCUGAAGGCUAAAACUAAACAUCAGCACACUUGCGACUGUUUCUGCCUCUUCUCUUCUAUUUACCCAAUUACUAAAUUCCUCUGCUGGUCCAGAAACACCUUAUUUGCGUCAUUAUGAAGUUCAUCACUCUGUUCGGUUUCGCGGCAACUGCAUCUGCGGCAGCAAUCACAAGUCGGCAGAACGGGAAUGGCGCAGUUCAGAAAGGCGCACAAACACUUGUGCUGAAAGAAGUCGGCGGCAUCCCAGGCAAUGAGUGCUUGACCUUCCGCAACAAUGGCGAAAUCGUGGACGCAGCAUGUGUAAACACAGCAGCAGACCGCCAGCUUACCCCGUCCACUAUCGGGGGUGCAGAUGUGCUCGCGGUACAGCGAUCGUUCUCAAAUGGCUUCCGGCCAGACCUUGUCAACACACAGGCGUGCGUUGGCUUCAACGGAACACAUUUCAAGGCGCUCGACUGCGCAGACAACAACUUGGACCCUGUCAGCUUUCAGAAUGGUCAGCUGGUCAGCGCAAGUGGCGCAUGUCAAAGCGGGCAUGACGGUGCCGCUCAGAUUACUGUCGACCCCGCUGGGCAGAACUGUGCGCAAUUGACGAGCAGGAGGGUCCAGCCUACAGCUCCGUGAGCUCUGGUCCUGUAAUGCGUAAUGGGGUAGGCAAUAUGAAGAGUGUCCCGUGCACGGAAUGUCUCCGUAAUAUCAAACAGGUUAAU